GCGGAUACGAAGAAGCCUUUCACUUCAAGAUUAAACAGAGGUUAAUAGGUCCGUGGAGUCAAGGAGCACGGCGUUGCGGCGUAGGCUAGGGAAGGAAAAAGUGAUUUCAAGGAGUCACCUAAGUCGAAAGACAAGGUUUCAUGCUUGACUGUGAUAGCAGUAAAUUCAUUUCUGUUUUACAAGAAACCGAAGGUAUUAUCAUUCAAGAGGUGUAGUUUCAAGAGUUGAUUAGAGCUUCAGUUAAAGACUCUGCAACAUCAUUGUAUUCAGUAGGCGUGAUAAAAUGGGUCUAAACUGAAUGUAUAUGGUAUAAGCAGAACAUUUUUUAUUUUAUUUUUGAUAACUGAUUGAAAUUCAUAGUGAAAUAUAAAAGAAAUAGCUAUGCCACCAUAUGAAAUAUUACCCUCCCUGACUGACAUAUGCACUGAACAAGUGUUGAUCAUGCUCUAUAACAGCAUUAGUGUCAGUGCAACACCCAAGAAACGUAAACAACAACAUGAUUAUGUUUCUUCAACCCUGAAUUCAAAUAUUCGGCAGCAUCUAAUCAAUAUUAUAUUCCAACAACCCUUGCAUAAGAAAACUUUCACUGGCAAAUGUAUUCUUCUGGAGAUGCUAGGGGACUGUAGUACUCAAACCAUUGACUUUAGCCAAGUAGGAAGUGUGUAUAUUGAUGAAGUGUGGCACUUUUACCGCACUCUCACCAUUGGCUUAAUGACCAACCUUACCAAGCUUGGGCUGGCUUGCAAUCUGAGGAAAUUGAGUGAUAAGAAAUAUCUUUUAGAUGUUAAUACUUCUAUUUAUCGUGUCUUCAGCCAAAUGAAAAACUUGCGAUGGGUUACGCUGAUUGGUGUGGGAGAUGGGACAUUGCUGGAGAGUCUGGGUACAAAUUGUAUUCACCUUGAAUACCUCAAUGUCAAUGAAUCUUUUAGAGUAAAUGAUGAAGCAAUUGCCAGUCUUCUGCUGAAAGAUCCAGAGCUUGCACAGGGUCAGAGUGAAGAUACCCUCUGCCUCCAAGACAUCCAGACAAAUCCUUGUGCAUUGAAUCUCAAGAUGGUAGGUGUCAGUGCAACCAGUGUCAGUUUAACAGGUGUUUUUGUCCUUCUUCACUAUGUCCCCAAGCUUGAGUCACUUGGAGGCCCCAUUCAAGCUGGGUCUGUAAGCAGUAUUCUAGAGCAUCUAAACCCAGAAGAUGGGAGCAAGGUUUUGAAGCUGAAUGAAGUAUGGGAGACGAGAAUUCUUCCUUAUCAAGCAUCUCUUUUGAGUAUGAUGUCUCCGAACCUCACUUGCCUCACUUGUGAUGCCUCUUCACUUGACUCUUUGUACAUCAUCAAUUCCAUUUCAGCUCUCACCCUCAAACUCUACUUCCGAAACUGUGUCAUUGAUAUCUAUAACUACCUCUUAGGCAGUGGCCAGAUCCUCAAAAAACUUAUUUUUGUGGACCAUAUCAAUUGUGGUUUAGACCUGUCAUGGCUGGUUGAACUUACCCCAAACUUGGAGCACCUGGAGGCCACACUUACCAGGGAGGAUGAGGCAGAAGUAGCAAAAUGGCACUUCCUGAGGGUUGCCAAAGUCACUGUGCAGUCCUCUAAAGUCACACUUGCAUUGCUGACACAUGCACCAGCACUAACAGACCUGGACAUUACAUUUGUAAUGGAACCUUAUAAGGAGACCUUUGAAUGCAUCAAUGAUGACUUGAUUAUCAGUGCAUUGGUUGACGGUGGUCUUACACAACUACAGAAGCUGCACAUCAAUGAAUGUGCUUUAAGCAUGAAGGGCGUAGUGUCCCUCAUCCUGCACUGCCCAAAUUUGACAUACUUGGCACCUCUUGCAUUUUGGCAUGGUGUAAGCCCUCAGAGCAUUUAUGUGCUUUGCAAGAGGAUAAAAGAAAGGAACUGGAAGCUCAGAAUUGUUAAGCAUGUUGAUUGGGAAGAUGAACAUGAGUCUAAUGAACAUUAUGAUAUUUUACACCAAAUGGCUGCUUGUACCUGUUCUGGGGGUUCAUAGUAAUUGUCAUAAUUGCUGCUAAGUGUAGAGGCCAAUUGUACUUGCUGUAGUGAGUAAUGAACUAGGGAAAUUAUGAUAAAGAACUGUCUGUGGUUGAGAUUUUAUUAGUUGCUGCUCUCUCGUCUUUUCUCUUCUCUUCUCUUUUUUUAAAUUUCUUUUCUCUUUCCUCUUGUCUUGUCUUCUCUCUGAUCCUCCCUAUCUUCCUUUUCCCUUCCCUUUUCCCAAUCUCCUACUCCUCCCAUACUUACCCCUUCCUUCCUUUUUUGUGCCUAUUAUAUGUCAGUUUUUAUAUUUUAUAUACUGCCAUUUUUACCUAUUAUAUGUCAGUUUUGAUAUUUUAUAUACUACAAUCUUUAUAAAGUAAUUAGGUAAGUGUAACUAGUAGAAGUAGAAGUAGAUAGAUAUAGUAUCAGAAGUAGUUUUUUUUCACAUAACAGUAAAGCAAAAUCUACAAGUGCAUUUGUUGCCAUGAUUUGAAUGUAAAUUGAGCGAACACACUGAGUAAAGUAUUUUUGUAAACAAUUCUUAAUAUAUUUUACUUUAUGAUGAAUAUAAAAAAAAAUGUUGCAUAUGACCUUUGUAAAGAUGUCGUAGUUCUUUUAGCUUUGGUUUAUUUGUUUCAUAAUGCUUUUUAAGUUGAACAAAAAGUAAAAAAAAAAAAAAAAAGUGGAAAGUCCACUAUAUUGAAUCAUAGUCAUAUUAAUAGUAUUAAUAGUACUUAAAAAAAGGGUUAUUUUCUAGGGAGUAUAACUGUUGAAUGUUUAGUUUAGAGAAUUUAAGUUCUAUAAUUUAAAUGUGUUUAAUAAUUUUAAUGUCAUUACCUUCAAACUUGAUGUAAAUAGGCAAAAUUUAAGGUGAUAUAUAUAAAAAAAAAUAUUGGUUUUAUUUUUAGAAAAUGGUUACUGCAAUAUUUGCUAUCUUCCAUUGCUUCUUUUAUUUAUAUUGUAUUUAACCAACUUAAUUUUUUAUUCUUACAUCAGUAUAUCAUGUCUAAGAUUUGAACAUUUUAAGAAAAUUCAUUGUAGAAAAUAAAUGAUGAUUCCUCAUUAAGAACACCA